AUGGCACGGCCCGGGAGGAGAAGGGACAAGCUCCGAUGGAGCAAGCUCUAUACCUUCUCUUGCGUCCGUCCCGCUGUGUUGCUGGAUACUGAGAAUCCACCAUCUCUCCAGGGCCCCGGGUUCUCCCGCGUCGUCUACUGCAACCAGCCCCGCGUCCAUCGCAAGAAGCCUUUUAGAUAUCCCUCCAAUUACAUCUCGACGACCAAGUACAACAUCAUCACCUUCCUCCCCAAGGCUCUCUUCGAGCAGUUCCGCCGCGUUGCCAACAUCUACUUCCUCCUAGCUGCCAUCCUAUCCCUCACCCCUGUUGCCCCAUUCUCUGCUGUGAGCAUGAUCGCCCCGCUUUGCUUUGUUGUUGGCCUCAGCAUGGCAAAGGAGGCAUUAGAGGACUGGCGCAGGUUCGUGCAGGACAUGAAGGUGAAUAGUCGGAAAGUUAGCAUCCACAAAGGGGGUGGUAAAUUUGCGUAUAAACCUUGGCAGACGAUCAGAGUUGGGGACAUUGUGAAAGUGGAGAAGGAUCAGUUCUUUCCUGCUGAUUUGCUUCUUAUGUCCUCGAGCUAUGACGACGGGAUCUGCUAUGUGGAGACCAUGAAUUUAGAUGGUGAAACAAAUUUGAAGGUGAAGAGAUGUUUAGAGGCAACUUUGCCCCUGGAUGAUAAUACAGCUUUCCAAGAUUUCUCGGCCAUCAUUCGUUGCGAGGAUCCGAAUCCUAACCUUUACUCUUUUGUGGGUAAUUUUGAGUAUGAUCAGCAGGUCUUUGCCCUUGAUCCAAGUCAGAUACUUCUCAGAGAUUCCAAGCUUAGGAACACUAGCUAUGUCUUCGGAGUGGCCAUAUUUACUGGUCAUGACAGCAAGGUUAUGCAGAAUGCAACCAGUUCCCCGUCGAAAAGAAGCAGGAUUGAGAAGAAAAUGGACCAAAUCAUAUAUAUCCUCUUCACCCUUUUGGUUCUGAUCUCCCUGAUCAGCUCGAUUGGUUUUGCUGUGAAGACAAAGUAUGGAAUGCCCGAGUGGUGGUAUCUGCAGCCACUUCGUACAACAAACUUGUUUGACCCUUCACAACCUGCAUUAUCUGGAAUAUUUCAUCUGGUGACUGCCCUUAUACUUUAUGGAUAUCUGUUGCCCAUUUCACUGUAUGUUUCAAUCGAGCUGGUCAAGGUUCUCCAAGCCAUGUUCAUCAACCAGGACAUUCAAAUGUACGAUGAGGAGACUGGGAAACCUGCUCAAGCACGAACAUCAAAUUUGAACGAGGAGCUUGGGCAGGUUGAUACGAUAUUGUCAGAUAAAACUGGCACCUUGACUUGCAACCAGAUGGAUUUCUUGAAGUGCUCUAUUGCCGGGGUAUCCUAUGGUAUUGGCUCUAGCGAAGUUGAGAUCGCUGCAGCAAAGCAGAUGGCGUCUGAAAUCUCUGGUGCUCACGAACGAGUCAGUUCAAGUCAGAACCCAUGGGAGAACAAUGCUUUUAGGACGUCGGAAAUCGAGCUAGAAAGUGGGAUUACCUGCAAGAUCGAUAAGGUCCGGAAAUCCGCAGUAAAAGGCUUCAUUUUCGAGGAUAAUCGUCUCAUGGAAGGGAAUUGGUCGAAAGAGGCUAGUGCUGAUGUCAUCCUUCUCUUCUUCCGGAUACUUGCACUCUGUCAUACAGCAAUUCCUGAGGCAAAUGAAGAAACCGGUUCUUUCAAUUAUGAAUCAGAGUCACCAGAUGAAGGGGCCUUUCUAGUUGCUGCGAGGGAGUUUGGGUUUGAAUUCUGUAAACGAACGCAGUCUAGUGUGUUUGUCAGAGAAAGACAUUCAUCCUCGCAUCCAAUAGAAAGGUAAGGGGGGCAAACAGAGCUCCGCUCGGGUGAUCUUAUUCAAAUUUGCUGUUUUCUACUAAGGGGUUCUUUUUCUUCUAUCUUGCAGGGAAUUUAAGGUCCUAAAUAUACUGGAAUUCAACAGCAAGAGAAAGAGAAUGUCGGUCAUUGUGAGGGAUGAGUCCGAUCAGAUUCUUCUCCUGUGCAAAGGUGCAGACAGGUCUGUUUCAGUGUAUUUUUUGCUUCGUUCCCCUCCCUUGAUUCUGCACACCCCAGCCCAUGUUAUCCUCCAUAUUCAAGUGCAUAAUAUUUUCAUAAUCCCGUGGCUAUUUUCGCUAGUAUUUAGCGUCCUCGAUCAGUUGAUAUCGCCACUUGACUUUAUUUUCUCGGGAUGAAAUCUUCAGCAUCAUUUUCGAUAAACUCUCAAAGAAUGGGAGAAUCUACGAGGAGGAGACAUGCAAGCAUCUAUGUGAAUAUGGGGAAGCAGGGCUGCGGACAUUAGCUCUUGCGUACAGGAAACUAGAAGAGUCUGAGUAUUCUGCGUGGAACACUGAGUUCCUCAAAGUCAAGACGACCAUAGGACCUGAGAGAGAUGCUCUUCUAGAAAAUAUGGCAGAUUUGAUGGAGAGGGAUUUGAUUCUCGUCGGCGCCACCGCUGUGGAGGACAAGCUACAGAAAGGGGUGAGACCUCGUCGCAUCCUCUGCCUUUCUACCAUCGUCUGCAGCUUCUAUCGAUCUCUCUUGAUGCUCUCUGUUGUCCUGUGGCAGGUGGCCCAAUGCAUAGAUAAACUAGCGCAGGCGGGUCUCAAGAUCUGGGUUCUGACCGGUGACAAGAUGGAGACAGCGAUCAAUAUAGGGUAAGGCAUCUUCGCGGCAUGCCAUCUUUGGCCCCCAUCGGUCUGCCCGUUCAAGGCUGGUAGGAGGCGCGUGAAUCUCUGCUGAUCCUCUGUUUCUCUGAAUUCGCAGAUUUGCCUGUAGUUUACUUCGCCAAGGUAUGAAACAGAUAUGCAUAUCCACGACGACUGCAGACCCGCUAGCUCAAGAUGCCAAAAAGGUAAGCAUUUUCUCGAGAAAAACUCGAUCGAGUGCGUGUUUUGCUCUGUGCAGGGAGUUCAUUUCACAUUAGGCUUUGAUUUCGUGUUUGAUGACCGAUCAGGUGGCGAAAGAGAAUAUUUCUCUGCAGAUCACCAACGCCUCGCAAAUGAUCAAGCUGGAGAAGGAUCCGCAUGCGGCUUUUGCUCUGAUUAUUGAUGGGAAGACCUUGAGUUAUGCCCUGGAGGAGGACAUGAGAUACGCCUUUCUAAAUCUAGCAGUCGACUGCGCUUCUGUUAUUUGCUGCCGGGUCUCUCCGAAACAGAAGGCGAUGGUACUAUUUCGUGCCGAAACCCACUGCUCGAUGUCUAUGAGAUUUCUCAAUAACCCGGAUUGAUAGCUCAAGGUCGAGUCUUUUUUUUUCUCUUCUGGGUUUUACUCUUCUUAGGUGACCCGACUGGUGAAGGAAGGAACAGGGAAGACCACCCUGGCAAUCGGUGAUGGUGCAAAUGACGUCGGCAUGAUUCAAGAGGCGGAUAUUGGUGUCGGCAUUAGUGGAGUGGAGGGGAUGCAGGUCAGUGAUGAAUGCCUUCCUUUCCGUCUUUCCCUCUCUCUCCCUCCCUCCAAUCCAAUCCGUCUGCGAGGUUUCUGCUGAAAGUCCCCCUGGGAGGCUGCUAUUCAUAACCUGCGGGGGGUGGGCGUAGAGAGAGAGAGAGAGAAAGAGGUCAGAGUCUUUCUUGAACGCUGGAUUGACCGAUGCUCACGAACGCUCGUCUGUCUGGGUCACAUGCAGGCUGUGAUGGCUAGCGACUUUUCGAUCGCCCAGUUCAGAUUCCUGGAGCGCCUCCUCGUCGUUCACGGCCACUGGUGCUACAAGAGGAUCGCACAGAUGGUAUGCAUGUCUUUCUGGGCAUCGAUUUUUCUUUCUAGCCUUCCUGCGGGGAGCAAUCAGCUCGCUCACACGCGCGGCGGCGUCUCUACGUGAUCGACUGAUCCAUCGAUCCCUGCGCAGAUCUGCUAUUUCUUCUACAAGAACAUUGCAUUCGGUCUCACGCUGUUCUACUUCGAGGCGUACACGGGGUUCUCCGGGCAAUCGGUCUACGACGACUGGUACAUGCUGCUGUUCAACGUCAUCCUCACCUCCCUCCCCGUCAUCUCCCUCGGCGUCUUCGAGCAGGACGUCUCCUCCGAGGUCUGCUUACAGGUCAGUGGUAACUCGACUCUCGCCGUUGACCGAGAUGGCUUUUGGUUGGAUAGUUUCUCGUCUUCUUCCUCCCCCCUCCCCAGAGGAGUUGACCCCUUUCCGUUGCGACUGCAGUUCCCGGCCCUGUACCAGCAGGGGCCGAAGAACCUGUUCUUCGACUGGUACAGGAUCCUAGGUUGGAUGGCCAACGGGAUUUACUCCUCCCUGGCCAUAUUCUUCCUCAGCAUCAACAUCUUCUACAACCAGGCCUUCCGGGCCGGCGGGCAGACGGCGGACAUGGCAGCGGUGGGGACGACCAUGUUCACCUGCAUCAUCUGGGCGGUCAACAUCCAGAUCGCCCUCACCAUGAGCCACUUCACCUGGAUCCAGCACCUCUUCGUGUGGGGCAGCGUCGCCACCUGGUACCUGUUCCUGCUCGGCUACGGCAUCACCUCCCCGCUCUACUCGCGGAACGCCUACAAGAUCCUCAUAGAGGCGCUGGCGCCGGCGCCAAUCUACUGGGUCUCCACCUUCUUGGUGACGGCGGCCUGCAACAUGCCAUAUCUGGCGCACAUCUCCUACCAGAGAUCGGUCAACCCACUGGAUCACCACGUUAUCCAGGAGAUCAAGUACUACGGCAAAGAUGUGGAGGACCGGCACAUGUGGACGAGGGAGAGGAGCAAGGCGAGGCAGGAGACCAAGAUCGGGUUCAGCGCCAGGGUGGACGCCAAGAUCCGGCAGCUGAAGGGGAAGUUGCAGAAGAAGUACUCCUCCAUGGGCGUCCUGCAGAGCGCUUAG